AUGGUUCGCGAGGAGCUUAUCUCCUCUGCUGUCACCUUCCUCCAAGAUCCAUCUGUCGCCGCCUCGCCAAUUGAGAAGCGAGUCGCAUUCCUCCAGUCAAAGAACCUGACUAAAGAAGAGAUCGAUGUUGCGCUUGCCCGAGCAGGUGAAGAUCCGUCCACAGCAGCUGCCGCUGUAACCGCAUCAUCUGGUUACCAAUCAGCCCCUCAACAAGUUGUCUACCGACCUCCUCCUCCACCUGCUGCAGGCUAUGGAUAUCCUCCCUAUGGUCAAUGGCAGGCUCCGCCGGAGCCUCCGAAACGGGACUGGCGUGACUGGUUCAUUAUGGCUACGGUGAUGGGAGGAGUAGGUUACGGACUCUACACGAUCACCAAGCGCUACAUUUCGCCCUUAAUCGCACCUCCCACUCCACCCCAGCUAGAACAAGACAAAGAACACAUUGAUGAGCAAUUCAAUCGCGCAUUUGCCCUGAUCGAACAGCUGUCCACAGAUACAGCCGCACUGAAGUCGGCGGAGGAGACGCGCACAGAACGGCUAGAUACCGCCCUUCGCGAGGUAGAGAACCUUGUUUCUGACAUGAAGAACGCCUCCCGACGGAGGGACGACGAGACCCGUCGUAUCAGCGACGAAGUCAAGUCGCUGAAGGAUGCGAUCCCCAAGGCGCUGGAAGGUGCCCGGGAAGGCAACGAGACACGGUUGAAGGAGCUUGGAGCUGAAUUGAAGAGCCUGAAGGUCUUGCUGGGCAAUAGACUUGGUGGCAGCGGCAACAACGCCACCUCUCCUGCCCCUGGACGGUUCAGCGGUAUGAACAUCCCAACUGCUUCUCGGCCUGCGGAGGAAUCAACUCCCGCCGCGGCGGCCCCGGUCAAUGGUACGCCCGCUGCGCCAGCAUCAACUGAGCAGCCCUCCCAAUCGGCACAGCCAACCCCGAGCCCCAGCACCCCCUCGAUGAGCAACAGCCCUCUAUCGCAGCUGGGCCGCUCUGCUUCCAUCCCAGCCUGGCAGAUGGCUGCUGCCAACCGCUCCAAGACCGCUUCUCCCUCGACCCCUUCCACCAGCACCCCGGACAACACAACUGGCGCGGCUCCUGAGUCGAGCGCCCCGGCCAGCUGA